AAUCGCGUCGUCGCUCGUUCGACCAACAUGGUGGAUGUGGCAACCGUGUCCGGGGCCAUAUUGAUUUCCGAGGAUGCAGCGAGUGAAGAGGGAAGAAGAGGUGUGGUUAAUUUGUGCUCAAAUGCGUCGUCUCGUUAAUGACAGAGUACGCGAGUAGUGCCAAACGUGGGAGGGAAAUGCCGGAGCACGUCGAGCGCGGGCGUUGCUCCUCGAGAACGUGAAGGGCAGCCACGGUUUGCAAACGCGCAAUGCUUUGAGCUCUUUCGGAACGGCUAGGUUAUGUUCGCGUCGCUCGCUCGGCCGCCUUCGUUGCUCCCUGGCCCGUCACUUCGUCGGAUUCUCGAAGGCAACGGCGUCGCUAUAUCAUUCGUCGUGGUUCGUUUGUCGAUCACAGAGGAGGGGGCACUUGUCAUCCCUGCGCUACGAUUCGAUCAGUCAGUCAGUCGUGUUACGGAUGACAGGAUGAAAUAAAACCCCACGGUCCUUCACGAAUGGUAACCGCAUUACCUGACCAUUUGCCAAUGCUUUGCACCUGCAGGGCACUUGUCCGGCUAUUUACCAUUGCUUGCUCAUCAACCGAAGAGAAAGGGAGAACUUGCCAUGAGUUUGCCUUGCCGCAGUCAUGUCAUGGACAGUCAUAAUUACUGAAGGCUAGUCAACAUUCAAAUGGAAUAGGACCUCCGAGCUCUGAUUAUUGUAAAUGUUCAGAUUCUUAUAGAUGAUGGUGUGGCUUGAUCAUCUAUUGAUUCAAGAGGAGGGCAUCCGUUGUUAAUUCCUUCAGUCCAGUUGCAUCCGAUAAAAGCUGGCACGGAGUAGAGCUUUGCAGCUCUUUUCGUCACGAAUGGUGCACUAAGUGUCAAGAAUAAUUAUCUACCAUUGAGGACUGGGUGGCUCGUACACCCAACUCGUAUAAUGAGCAGCUGGACUGAAAGGAUGCACCGUCGGGCUGCUACCUUUGGCAACGUGGUGACGAGCUGUGGUCACCCCUCCUCUGUACCACCAUACCCUAGGAGACUUGAAAAAGUAAAAUUUGGCGUGCCAUUAGACGAAGUAUGUAAAAAUGAUAUACCGGCCCCCUUAUUGGUUCUGAUUCUCAAACUUAAUAAAGAAGCUCCGUUCCGAAAAGACGUUUUUCGGGCUCCAGGCCAUCAAGGGAAUAUGAAGAAACUCAUCCAUUUCCUCCAGACUGGACGUUUAGUAAAUAUGGACAACUUUAGCGUAUAUACGAUCGCCAGUGUCCUUAAAAAGUUCCUGAGAAAAAUUCCAGGCGGAAUCUUCGGAAGAGAAGGAGAGCAGGAAUUGUUCACCGUCAUUCAGCUGGAAAGCAUAGAACAACAAAGGGACCAAAUUCAUAAGUUAAUCACAAGUUUGCCACUGUACACACAACGUCUGCUGGUACUUCUAUUCGGAACGUUCAGGGUAGUAGCUGUGAACAGUGAGAGAGCGAGAACAGGUAUGUCCAGCGAAGCUCUAGGAGUAUCGGUAGCGCCUUCGUUCUUCCAGAGUUGCGUGAGCGACGGAAAGACAGCAAAGAUGGAAGAUGUACUCAGGUUUAAGGUUGCAACGCGAGUGAUGAAAUUCAUGAUCGAUAAUUUCGGCGUGUCAAACUUGUUCGGAAGAGAAAACUAUGAGUUUUAUGCACGAAUCACUGGAACGAUACUCAAAGUCGAAAACGACUGGAUCUUCAGUUUUCGGUACCCACGUGAUAACCUUGUAUCGAGACAAUUAUCUUUAGAGACGGAAAAGACUUGGCUGCAGUACGAGUGCGAGAGAUUGGGACUUAAAUUCAAUUUAGAAUCUGUGUCAUACCAAGAAGAGUCGCAGUCGACGCCAGCACUUAUUCAUGUGCCGGAAUCUUUCGAGCUUACUUCGUCCUUAGGAAUGAUUCCUGAGAAUACCUUACUCGAAAGUUAUACCAGGCUUUCGGUUAGCUUAGAGCAGAACGGAUUUUUCCAGGCGUCUAGUAGGUCAUCUAGUAACGGCAGCCAUCAUUCUCGGCAUGCUGGCAUGACAUUGGACGAGCUUAGAGCAGUAAAUCGGUAUGCCGAAAGUACGAAGAGCCUAAGCUAUUUGCCACAGGAAAGUGAUGAGUUCGCUGUUAAGAAACAUUCAAGCCCGACCCUUGUACACGAAAGACAGACUGCGAGAAUGCGAACUAGAUCGGAAUGGUUCUUGACACCGGUAGGGGAAAGAUUGACAGCAACCGACAGCGAUCCGACAGCCAUGCACAUACUCCGAGGGUCCAACAUGUCAUCCACCGAUAACAUCGUCCUGUUGUGCUCAGCGUCAGGAUUGAGCGCCAGCGCGGAAUCCGUGAAACGACCGAGUCUUCGUAGAACAUCUUCGAGAGAGAAAUCGCGUCUUCAUCGCAGCUCUUCGCGCAGGAACAAAGAAAACGGGGCUAAAGGCCGCUCCUCGGAGACGUCGAAAUCCCGGUCGUUGGAGACCGUCAAAGUCAAGACUGUCAGAGUUUCCGUGGACCAGCAGCCUGCGGAGAUCAUUUUGAAAAAUACUGAGGAGGAACCGAGCCAAAGAGAGAGCAAAGAGUGCGUCGCCGUACAGAAUGACGACUUAGUCGCGCAGGAUAACGCCCUACGCGCCGCCGACAUGGACGUGCAGACCUUCCACGUGACACUAACCUACAAGCCAAGAAUAUAGAACAUCUUCAGGGCUAAUAUUUAAAAUCUCAUGCGAUUUCGUCGUUUAUUUAUAUACACGAGCUGUUGAGCGCUGCCGGGAGGGCAGGACUUUGAAUUUAAUGGGAAUACUGCGUACAAAUUUGGGCUGACAACCUGGUACUGGAAAUUUUGGGCGGAAUUUGAGAUUAGUUGUGGGAAGGGAAUUUUCUGGAUAGAUCGGAACCAAGACACCAAGUUAUUUGAGAGCUGUGCAGGCUCUUUCGAUGUUGCCUCGUUUUGAUAAUACUCUCCGACAGUUGAGAACCUGUAUUAACAAGAUGCUCUCGUGACGCGAUGUUAUCAAGUGUUCGAUAUAAAGGCUUCUUCACGAAGACGAUAUUAGUUGGAUCUCUGAUGGUGUUCGAUCCAAGCACUGACGCAUUUAGAAUGCGUCGGAUUUCGUCGUGUUUCAACAGUAUUUACAUUUACCUAUUUGUAGAAAAUGUUUUUGCACGCAACUCGUGCUUUGACGUGCGCCUGGGAAAUGUAUACUUUGCGGUGUACACUAUUGUGGGACGAAUGAUCCUAUGAGAAUGAGAUUGUUGCAGUGAAAAUGUCGAGACGUUGACAGAGCCAGAGAAUCAAGAUUUUUCAGUGCUCUCAGAAGGUAACCCGUUCCAUAUGGCAAACGGUAGCAUUCUUUUUUUGUACUUCUGAUUUACAUUUAUUUAAUGUAACACUAAGGAAAUAUUUUAUUGACAAUUCUGCAACAAUCUCGUUCGGUUAAGUUAUCGUACUGUACCGUAGUAUAAGUAGCUCGACAUCUCUUAAGAUCGAAGGUGUCGGAUGAUGAGAUAUAAUACAUGUUUGUGAAAUCACUCGGAGUGCUCUCGUACAGAGAGACGGAGUGACCGUAAUCAACAGUUUUAUCGUUUAUAAAUACGUCCGUUUAAAAUGUUCAAAUUAGAUUCAUUACAAAGGUAAUAUCGAAGCUAACUGAACAUUUUAAACAAGGAAUCGAUGAAAAAAGCCAAGAAUGACUGAGCUUAUAUGCAGUGAAAGUGGCAUAUAUUUAUAUAUUUAUGGUAAAAUGAUGAACCAGAUAUAAGUUCAGCAUCGAGCUCAUUCCAGAACCGUUUUUACAUAUUGCAUUUUCUGAAUAUCGAAACUCUCAUAUAUAUACCAUUCCAGAUGCAUUUAUAGAUUUUGAAAUUUACUCCUUGACCGCGCGGUGUAUACAACUAUUGUUUAUACGAAAAAUCAGGUUUUUUAUAAACGUAGAACUAGAUAGCAUGGUUGGUCACUUUUUUACGUUUCGAUAUACCGUCCAUUGCCACGGUAGAAGGGAACCCCGUCGAGCUCUACAAUGGUGGAUGGGUUUUUGUCGACUAAUUUACAAGUCACCGAUGAUCUUGAUGCUUUAAAUGAUUUUUUGUCAUUUAAGAGGGAUUCUUGCAAACGACAUUUAACCCGUGGGAGAUAUAUCGUUGGAUUGACAGUUCAUCCAACGUUUUAGCAUAAGGGCAAGCUAUGCGAAGAAUGAUAACAAUAACUGACUAUUUAUUCUGGCCUCCUUUCGCUGAACUGACAGUAUUUAAUAUAUUUAUAUCCAUAAAUGACAUUUAUUAUUUGUUGAACGCCUAAUGUUAUAUCUUAUCUUUUUCCGAGAAAAAGAAUUAAGACUCCGUACUGGCAAUUUUGUAGCGAACCUAGUUUACUUGCAAAAUUGACACGGCAGCUUUUAUGUUUCCUCUUUACCUACUAUACGGACUAACAAUACAGCGUUACAGCGAGUAUACACAAUAUUUAGUUUAUGUAUCUAUUUUUCUUUUAAACAUAUUUAUGUACGCAACUCCAAAUAUAUACUUGGACUCAUAUUAUAAACAGUAUAGGCGAUAAUUAUCAGCGUAACGUUUGCAAAGAUUUUUUUUCAAAGGCAGAACCGAAGAUUGUCAAGCAUUAUCAAAGAAAUAAUUUUUUUUCUAUUUAGAAUCAUCCCUUAGAGAAUCCUUGCAGCACGCGAAAGUAAUUAGGAUAGUGGUAAUACUAAUCUGUAGACGAUUUGUUGCGGUUACGAUGUAUUAUCCUCCACUUUCGCUAAUACCAAAGAAUAUUUAUUGACAUUAAUAUUAUUAAUUAUUACACCCGCGAGGAACGAGUUCUCGUAUGAGAAAGUAAUUAUUUUUUUCUCCAAAAAGGGUGUUUCGAACUGCGAAGUAAAUAGGGAUAUACUUUCAGCCGUUGCAUAUCACUAGAAUUAGACCAUAAAUUAAUAUAUUAUUACUGAUUAUGAUUUACUCCCUGGGAAGCAAAACGUACCCGUAUACCAGUUUUUACACCUGUAAAAAAAAUGUAAUUGUACAAAAGUCGAGAUUUUCUCAGUUGACGAACCAUUGAAUUUAGCCAAAUUUCAGUAAUAGCUGAAGUAGCCAUUAUAAGCAUUAUACCACUUAAUCUUUUUUAAGUAUAUGCUUUUAAUUUUGUUACCAUUGAUGCAUAGAACCGUUGCACAGUGUCAGUCAACUGUAUAAUCCAUUAUUUUAUUUCAGUUUAAUAUUCUGUAGCACAGACAAAGAUUAAUUUGAUGACGAAGGAUGAAGUGUAGGAUUUGAAGAUGGAAAAGAACGUAUUAUUAAUAAGGAUACAUUACCUAUUUUACUACCUUUUGAGUAAAUUUUAAUAACCACAUUUUGUAGAUUAAGGAAUAAUAACUGCAAUGCUGCUACAGCUUUGGAUAAUAAAGAAUGACAUGUUUUUGU